GUGACAAGUGUAAGCCUCCGACCAAUCUCUCCUAAUGUUUGGCGUCCUUAAUUCCACGCCACGAAUCACACACAGUUUCCCAAUUUCUCUUCUUUUCCUCUCCAUGCAAAAACAAAAAGCUCCAACAGAAUCAAACCCCACGAAGACAACAAGAGAGACAACGACCCGAUAGUCCUUCCAUAUCUUUCUCACAAUUUAUUGAAAAGUUUCGAUCUUUGUAUAAAGUCUUGAAAAAUAGUCUGGAGUUGGAUGGUGGGUUCGUCGAGACAAGGUCUGUCUUCAUGGAUGGGAGUGGCAACAGCAACAAGAAAAGUGGAGUUGGAUAAGGAUAUGGUAAAAGAUGAGUCUUUGAAGAAAGAAUCCUCCAAUUCUCAAAUUUCUGGCGUGGAUUUGAGUUUUGGGGAGCGGGCGUUUUCUGCUGGCGCCGCCGCCUUCAUCUCCGCCGUCAUAGUCAACCCCCUUGAUGUUGCCAAGACGAGGUUGCAAGCUCAGGCUGCUGGAGUUCCCUAUGAUGGCUUGUGCCAGGUGGGACGCUUUGAAACAAGCACGAUGUUGCAAGACUGGAAGUAUAUGCCAUCAUCGAUUCGUGCAUCUGUUGGCACUCAGCCAAUGCGAUCCCCUGAUUGUACCUGUUACAGUGGAACACUGGAUGUAUUCUACAAAGUAGUACAGCAGGAAGGGUUCUCAAGAUUGUGGAGAGGAACUCUUGCCAGUUUAGCACUGGCAAUCCCUUCUGUGGGAAUCUAUAUGCCUCUUUAUGAUAUUUUCAGGAACUACUUGGAAGAUCUUACAAUACAGAAUGCUCCAAGCAUCACACCGUAUAUUCCCCUCGUUGCUGGAUCCUUAGCACGUUCAAUAGCAUGCUUUACUUGUUAUCCUAUUGAUCUUGCAAGAACACGCAUGCAGGCAUUCAAACACAGCCAAGGUGGUGUGAAACCUCCAGGAGUGUGGAGAACUUUGACUGGUGUUCUCUCUCCCGUCGAGAGUGCUAAUAACAAUCAUGCCUUUCAGAGCUACCGCAUCUUAUGGACUGGACUUGGAGCGCAACUUGCUCGUGACGUUCCUUUUUCUGCAGUUUGCUGGGCAUCUCUAGAGCCAUUAAGAAGAAGAAUUUUUAGCAGGAUGGGCAAUGAAGGCAGCAUAUCCAGCAUCAUUGGAGCAAACUUUUGUGCUGGUUUUGUGGCCGGGAGCAUCGCAGCUGCUGCCACAUGUCCUCUAGAUGUUGCAAGGACCCGGCGGCAGAUAGAGAAAGACCCCAUGCGGGCAUUGACGAUGACCACGAGACAGACUCUGACUGAGAUCUGGAGAGAUGGAGGCAUUAAGGGAUUAUUUGCGGGUGCUGGUCCUCGGGUUGCUCGAGCUGGUCCUUCAGUUGGGAUAGUCGUUUCAGUUUAUGAAGUUGUCAAGUACGCAAUGCAAUAUCAAAGAUAUUAUAACCCUGUGAAAGAAACAGCAAGCUGAAUUUUGUGUAGGCUGAAAAUGAAUGUCAAGAGGAUUGGAGAAGGCUGGUCAUUACAUGAAAGAUUCUUUACCCCCAUGGAGGAAAAAACAACUGAUUUGACAAACACACAACAGACCAAGAUACAGUAGAAAUAACAGUUGAGCAAGUGUAUAUGCUUGUGUUUUUAGCUUAACAAAAUAAUGUUGAAAGGGAAUUUUGAUGAUAGUA